AUGUCCGUUGUCGCACUUUUGGAGACAAAAAUGGAAUGUGUCUCCAAUUACAUUCCUUCUGACGCUAUAGCAAGUCACCGGACAAGCACGUGUACUCUAUUCCCAAGACUCGGCCUGCUUCAGGCUAAGGCAAGUCACGAAUCUGCUCUCGCGUUCGCUACAUUUUUGCCAAAAAAACUUGCGAACGAGAGGCACUCAUUCUUGAAAGGAUGGGCUGAGAGGCUAGUAUCACAUGCCAUGUUCGGCCUGAGACACACAGAAGCACAUGUCUGUUGGGUUGUUGUUGGGUUGAAUGCAAGUGUGCCUAUGGGGGAUAAAGCGAAUGACCGGGGCUGGGUUGUAAAGAUUGGGCUGGUUAGCACCUCGAUGCCGCCAACACCACUUCCGGUAACAGAGCCCUGA